AUGUUAUCACCAUACAAACCACCCAUACCAUUUCCUCAAAGAUUCGCCAAGGCUAAAAUUGAGGAGCAAUUUAGGAAGUUUGUGGAACUUUUGAAAAAGUUAUACAUAAACAUUUUUCUCACUAAAGCGUUGUCUUAUAUUUCGUCAUAUGCUAAGUUUUUGAAAGAAAUUUUAUCAACCAAAAGAAAACUUGUCGACAAUGAGACAGUUCCUUUAAUUGAGGAAUGUAGUGCCAUAAUUCAAAAUAAAUUGCCUCCAAAACUUAAAUAUCCUGAAAGUUUUUCUAUUCCUUGUGUUAAUGGUGAUAUGAGUUUUGAACGUGCUUUGUAUGAUCUUGGGGCUAGUGUGAGCUCAUGCCUUUGUCAGUUUGUAAGAAGCUUUAUGUGGCAUUCCGAAGUCCCGAUUCUUCUUGGGAGAUCUUUUCUUGCUACAAAAAAAGUUGUUAUUGAUGUGAAACAUGGGAAGCUUGUCUUUAAUGUGGAUGAUGAGAAGAUUAAAUAUAAUUUGUCUAACCUUAUGAAAAGCCCUUCUCUUGAAGAUUAUUGUUGCAAGGUGGAUUUAAUUGAUCAUUGUGUUAAGGAUUUUCCUUUAGGACCACUCUCCCAAGAUGGGUUGGAAGCAUGA